CCUGGAGAGGAAACAGGAUUAUCUUUGCGAGCGAGACAAACCUACCCCGAGUAAAAGAGGAGAGGAUAAGAGGGGUAGAGGGCAGAAGAGUGUGAGGGGUGAAAGCUAUCCCGGGCAGAAGAAAACUACCCCGAGUAGGGGCAAGUAAACUACCCCAAGCUAGAGAUAAGAAAGGGGGAUAUAACACAGGAAGGGAGAGAACAUAGAGGGUACAUUUUGCACAGAUAGAUAUAGGUAGAGGCAAAACACAUGACAGAGGGGCAACAAAAUUUCGCUAGAGGGCAAGGAAAGGGGGGAAAAAGUGCCCCUGGCACAAUAGACUCUCAAAAAGGAUACAAAAGAUACAGAGUGGGGCAGAAUUCCAGCAGUUGAGAGGGAGGCAAAACCACCAGAGAGGGAGAAAGGGAAAUCUGAACUACCCUAAGGCAAGUGUAGGAGGUAGGUAAAUAGUAGAAUGUAUGGGAAAAGAACUUGACAGCAGGAUAACUAUACAACAAAGAGUCGGCAAACUUACACCCAAACUGAAAACCCUGAAGAAGGGAUUAUUACCCCAGUAGGGUAUUUAGCCUUAAUAAUGAAGAGUUGUUAAAUAGAGUGCACGCUUAAUAUAUCUAUGCAUAAUAGUAUUACCUUCUAUUAGGCUAGAGCUGCAGCAUAUUGCCCUGCAUAAGGAGGGAUAGAGUAUUAGCCUAAAUAGUAUUUUUAUUGCAGAAUAUUACUCAAGUAUUUGGACUGUAGAAUGUAAUAGCUCUAGGGCGCAGUAUAUAACAUAUUACUGUUGGGAUCUGCAUAAUCAAAAAGGAAGGGGCAAUUAAAUUUUCCAAAGUAACAGAGGGGUAGCUGGAAGCACUACAGUAAAGUGCAGAAUAUCACAUCAAAUACCAGAUAGGUGCAGAUAUUUCUUUAUAUUAAUGGGGAUGAGGGACUGUGAAUCACCUAUAACCCCUAAACAAUGCAUAGCUUCUCUUACCAACUAUUAAGGAGACUAAUUUAAUUAGCAGCACCCUCCGAGGCUGCAAAUCUCUCUCCCUAUAUAUCUGUCCUUUUUGUGUGAGUGCCCCUAUUGGUAUUGGUGCUCCUCCUCCCUCCUCCAUCCCCCUCUGCACCCAAGGGAGCCACAAUCCCACACAAUAGGAACUUUAGCACAAUAAGUGAGUGAGUUGCAGCAGGUACCGACGGGGGGACCCUCACUGCACGCACAACCUCAAAGCACAGACUUAUUGGACAUUAUUUGGGGUCUUUUUUUUUUUUAUUGGGAGGGGAGUUUGGAGGAGCCGAGGAGAUGUCCAGGAGGAAGCAGGCCAAACCACGCUCGGUUAAAGUGGAAGAUUCUGAAAACUUUCCCCUGACCUGGGAGUCUGCUGUGAACCAGACAGGGGGUCUGGGAGGGGAGGCAGCAAGAGAAGGCAGAGGUUUGGAAGACUGUAACAGCGUGACGAGUCAGGAAGACAGGAUUGAGGAAGAGGAGCUGGAGGACGAGUCAAUUUACACCUGUGAUAACUGCCAGCAGGACUUUGAUUCCUUGGCCGAGCUCACGGACCACCGGACCCAGCACUGCCUCAGAGAUGGUGAUGACGACCCACAAUUCUCUUGGGUGGCUUCCUCUCCCUCCAGUAAAGACGUUGCAUCACCCACUCAGAUGAUAGGAGAUGGGUGUGAUCUUGGAAUAGGGGAAGAAGGAGGAUCUGGGCUACCGUAUCCCUGUCAGUUUUGUGACAAAUCCUUCAGCCGGCUGAGCUAUCUGAAGAGGCACGAGCAAAUCCACAGUGACAAACUGCCAUUUAAGUGCACCUACUGCAGUCGCCUUUUUAAGCACAAGAGAAGCAGAGACCGCCACAUAAAGCUUCACACUGGGGAUAAAAAGUAUCACUGUCACGAGUGUGAAGCUGCAUUUUCUCGCAGUGACCACCUGAAAAUUCAUCUUAAGACCCACAGUUCUACUAAGCCAUUUAAAUGCACAGUUUGUAAGCGUGGGUUUUCCUCAACUAGCUCACUGCAGAGUCACAUGCAGGCGCAUAAAAAGAACAAGGACAAGAUGGACAAAGAUAUGAAGAGAGAUGAUUUCAUGUGUGACUAUUGUGAGGAGACCUUCAACCAGACAGAGGACCUGGAGAAGCAUGUGAUGACGCGUCAUCCGCAGCUCUCAGAGAAGGCCGACCUGCAAUGUAUUCAUUGUCCAGAAGUAUUUGCAGAUGAAACUACGCUGCUUACACACAUUGACCAAGUCCAUGCCAAUAAGAAACACAAGUGCCCUAUGUGUCCAGAGCAGUUUUCCUCAGUGGAAGAAGUCUAUUGUCACUUAGACAGCCAUAGACAGCCUGAUUCUAGCAACCACAGCAUUAGUCCUGAUCCAGUUCUGGGAAGUGUGGCUUCCAUGAGCAGUGCCACUCCUGACUCCAGUGCAUCAGUGGAACGAGGUUCUACUCCAGAUUCAACUCUUAAGCCAAUCCGAGGACAGAAAAAAACUGGAUCUGAGAGAGAAGAUGGACAAAACUGGUCCAAAAUUACCUAUAGUUGCCCAUACUGCUCAAAAAGAGACUUCAGCAGCUUGGCAGUUCUUGAGAUCCAUUUAAAAACCAUCCAUGUGGACAAGCCUCAGCAAAGCCAUACUUGCCAGAUAUGCCUGGAUGCCAUGCCUACAUUGUACAACCUAAAUGAGCAUGUGCGGAAGGUGCAUAAAAACCAUGCAUAUCCCAUGGUUCAAUUCAACAACAUAGCAGCCUUUCAUUGCAACUAUUGUCCUGAGAUGUUUGCAGACAUAAACAGUCUCCAGGAACAUAUCCGGAUUGCCUACUGUGGUCCAAAUUCUACCCCUCACGAGGGAAAUAAUGCCUUCUUUUGCAACCAGUGUUCUAUGGGAUUCCUUACAGAGUCCUCCUUGACAGAGCAUAUUCAGCAAACUCAUUGCAGUGUAGGAAGUUCUAAACUGGAAUCCCCAGUCAUUCAACCAACCCAGUCCUUCAUGGAAGUGUACUCGUGUCCAUAUUGCACAAACUCCCCCAUAUUUGGCUCUAUACUUAAGUUGACAAAGCACAUUAAAGAAAACCACAAGAACAUUCCACUGGCAAACAAUAAGAAAUCAAAGUCUGAACAGAGCCCAGUUUCCUCUGAUGUAGAAGUCUCUUCCCCAAAGAGGCAAAGGUUGUGUGCUAGUUUAAACUCAGUGUCAAAUGGAGAGUAUCCUUGUAAUCAGUGUGAUUUAAAAUUCUCUAACUUUGAUACUUUUCAGACACAUUUAAAGUCUCAUUUGGAGCUGCUGUUAAGAAAACAGUCCUGCCCGUGCAAAGAAGACUUUGACUCUCAGGAGUCCCUUCUAAAAAAAAAAAAUAUACCAUGA